AUGUCGUUCAGACGACUAAGUCAAGUUAUAAUCCUGAAUCUGAAGAAAAAAUGUUUUCUGUCACCAAAUAUAAGUUCCAGUUACUCUGGAAACCGACAGAAUUUGUGUAGUUAUCCAAUCAGUAGAUAUCCAGUACCUGAUAAAAAAGAUUUGCCAGAUGAUAUUGUACAACAGAUGAAUGAGGUUGAAGAAAAGUCUGGAUUUUUACCGAACGUCUUUCGUGCCUUGUCACAUCGUCCCGCAGAGUACCGUGCCUUCUUUGCGUACUAUGAUGUACUUAUGUACAAGGAGCAUGGUAACCUAAGCAAAGCUGACAAGGAGAUGAUUGUUGUUGCUACAAGCGCUCACAACAAUUGUGUUUACUGUGUUAUUGCUCAUGGUGCCCUGAUGCGAGUGUUCUCGAAAAAGAAAAUAACAGCUGACCAGGUAGCCAUCAACUGGAAAUGUGCCGAUUUGGACGCAAGACAGAAAGCCAUCUUGGAGUUUGCCAUGCGAGUGUGCAAGAGUGAGGCAAUCCAUGAAGAACAUUUCGUAGAUUUAGAGAAGCAUGGUCUUGACAGAGAAGAUGCUUGGGACAUCGGUGCCAUUGUUGGUUUUUUUGCAUUAUCCAAUAGAAUGGCCCACCUUGUCAGUAUGCGACCUAACGACGAAUUCUAUACUUUUGGGAGAAUACCAAAGGACAAGAAAGACAAAUAAUAUUAAUUUUUUAAGCCAAAUUAAAAUCUAACUUUCAAGAAAAUGAAUUUUGGGAACGAGGUUCAAUGUCAGCAACUGGAAGCAUGAAUUAUGCUUUGAUUUUUCGGAAUAUAGAAUGAUUUUGUGUAUGUUUUGGAGCCUAAUUUUGGAUAAUUUGUUGUAAAAAUAAUUUUUUUCUAUACCUAUAAACUUGUUUUAUAUGCAUCAUCUCGUUUGAAGACUUUAGCAAGUCAUAAUAUUUGCACGAUAUUCUAGUCCGAAUUUUCUUGCCAAUAGCUGAAAACUAACAAGCAUUCAUAAAUUCAUAUACGAUUGAGAACUGCACACAAGAUUUUCUGUUUGAUUGAAAAUGCACCACAUCACAGAAUAAAUAUUUGUUAUGAAGCUUGUUGUGCACAUGCGACGUGGAUGGUCCAUUGUUUGUUUCGUUUGCGUCAACUAUAGUUGAUUGACCUUAUGCAUAGUAAUUUCUACUGCACAUGACGAUAAAUAAUAAUUUACAUAUAAUCACAAGAUUUACAGCGUACAUACAGAUAUUAAUAUUUUGUCCCCAUAAUGUAAACAAUAUGAAAAUGUGGGACAAUAUUGUGAACAAUAGUUUAACUUUAUUUCAGACAUAUAAAUACAUAAAGGAAUGAAAUUCUGUCUUUACACUAUCAUUGAUAAUAACAAUCCUUGCCGAUAUUUUAGUUUUGUCAGACCACUCAAUGCUGUGAACUUUAUUUUUAAGCACAAGUAUAUAUUAGGACAUGUGUGGAAGUAAAGUGAUUAGUAUAUAUCCGAGAAAAUAAACAAAUUUUUUUCCUUGACAAAUGUUUUUCAAAUGACAUCUCUUCUUUAGCAAUUUCAGAGAACAUCAAAAACAUUUCCGAAAGUCAAAAAUUUAGAAAAAAAUUCUCAUUGGAAUAACUAACACUCAUCUUAGGGACUGCUCAGUUUUAUGAUCAGGGGUGGGCCAGCAAAAUUUAAAGCCAGGUAAUAUGUUAUAUUCUUAACAGUUCUUGUACUUGGGUCAUUGAUUUCAUGAAUUUAGCAAAAAAGAAAGCUACGAGUGAAGGGAAAAUGACCGAAAAGAAUGGUAAAUUUUAAGUGAGAUAUGUACACGGCAGUAUGCAAUACUAGAAAUUUAUAAAUGCAGUUUGUGAAAUAUGUGAAAUAUGAUUCCAUUUGAAGGUAUGCAUAUUUUAAGAUGAUUCCAAACAACUCGCGGUAUAAAUUUCUAUAAAUAAUAAUGCAGAUGUAAGAAUUUGUGAAAUAAGUCAUUUGUGACAAGUGUUGUGCCAAUGUUCU